CCAGGUCUUGAUGUGGCACUUCACCGCCAACAGCUAAAUGUCAAACCUUUGGCAAAGUGCGCGCGCCGCCCUGCGCCACACGGUGAUGAUGGGUGGACCGAGCGGAGAGGGGCGAUAGGGCACAUUUCUUAAUUUCCCUUCAGCGCCGCUUCCCCCACCAUCCAGACCUGGACACGCGACGAGACCGCGGGACGGCCCUGUUUCCCGUUCACACAGCGAUCCAAUGUAUUAUUCACGAGCGAAACUUCAGCAACUUGUCCACUGGAUAUGGCUCCCGGUUUGAGGAGUGGGCGGACAGGUCACCCCAGAGUGGCGGGAACCGGCGGGGCAGACCCCGGUGGGUGCUCGCCGCAGAGGACGGAUGCAGGAGGAGAGGGGAGGUGUUUGAGGACCAGGUUGCGAGUCGGAGCAGCGGGGAUGCUUGGAAACUGUCUGCUGUCUGUAGCAGUGCUUUUACUUCUUGUCCGGUGCUCUUUGGCCGCAGAGGAAAAAUCCACCUACGAUGCCUCAGGCUCCUCACCUUUACCGAGCGACCCAGCAGUCACAGGCGUUCCUGCUCACCCAUCGGCUGACCUGUCAGUGGCUGAGGAGGUGCCUUUCCCAGUUGUCCAUUCAGACAGUCACUCAGACACUGAUGCGGAGGGCUUAUCGGGGCAGCCUGCUUUUUCUUCUGUCUUAACCAUGAUGGCAGGAACUGUCAAACAUCCAGUGAGCCUUGAUCAAAGUAGAACCUUGCCAACUAUCACCAGGGAUGAGAUCCAUACCACCCAAUGGCCUUCACGUAAUUCCAGCCAGGGCUCAGACAUGUCCUCCUCAUCGUCACAUGUGGGAGCCAGCUCAGAGGCAGAGACGGAUGAAUUAACCGCUGGAACUUCCAAAACAGUUGGACUCACUUUCCCCAAAGAAAAAGAGGCUAGUUUAAGCCCCUCUCAAUCAGUCAGAAUUACCCAUUCUGCUGGGCCUACCGAGAGGACAACUCAGGUAUCACCUCUGACCCCUCGACAAGACACCACGACAGCCUCUGUUAAGCUUUCCACCACUACGACUUCAACCACAAAAACUAAAAACUCCACCACUACCACGCCUUCCCUAAGAGUCACUACACAGUCAACCACCACUACCACACCACAGACCACGUUCGCGACCAGGAAAACCACAACCACCACAACCGUCAGGACUCAGUCCAACAGGAGAACAUUCACACCACCUGUCCUAAGAACGAGCCCUCCCAGGGGGGUCACGGCUGUCUUCAUCUCACCUUUCACCACUACCACAGAGACUCCACCACAACAGUGCAACAUCACUGAGAGAAUGUGGGUGAAAACAGUUGUUUCCAUCUAUGUGAGGAGAAACAGGCUAGACAGCAUUCAGAGGCAAAACCUGCGAAGGGGACUAAGUCAAGGCCUCAGGAAAGCUCUCAAUGAUACCUCUGCCCAAGCACAGGUGGAGACUGUAUUUGGUUCUCCCAACAUGACAGUGGCUUAUCACGUGACUGGAGGGGAUAUAGUUUACCCUCCGUCUGUAGUGAUGGAAGGCUUGGCAUCCUAUGGCCGUGAUAAGCUGAUUGCAGACCUGCGGCAGUACCUCCCCAUGGUAACAGCCCUGCCCCUCCCGGUUGCAUUAUGGAGACCCAGCCCAGCCACAGGCUUCCAGCUGAAAACAGUGCUACAGUUUGUGGGAGUAGGCGAUGAUCCUCGGUCCUGUCGCUUCUCUCAAAUGAUGGAACAGAGGCUUGAGAAGGUUUUUUCCGAAGCGCAGGCCAAAGUGCUCAACGCUAACAGCAGACUCUCUGUUCAGAUGCUGAGUGUCUCUCAGGCAGCAGGAUCUCCUGCUGUGUCACUGGUCUACACUGUAAAGAAUGGGACUGGCUUUCUUAAUGGCACUGCUGCCUCAAAUCUCCUUGGUCAGCUGUCAGCUGAGCUAGUGGGCUACUUCCUCUUCUAUCCGCCACUUAUUGUUGCUGAGCCAAUGGAAUAUCACAAUCUGAACACUUCAAUAGCAACCAGAGACUUCUGGGUUGUUACAGUGAUCCAGGAUGUGGAUAAUGCCAGCCUGGAGGGACAGUACCAGAGCUUCGCCAGUCUAAUGGAACAGCGUCUGGCAGAGUUGUUUGUGUUGGCGGGCCAGCAGGGCACUCGUUUUAGACGAGCAACGACUGUAGGCAGCUACACUGUCCAGAUGGUGAGCAUCCGCCGGAUCUCAGGGUUGAAGAAUCCGGCCGAGAUGACCUACUAUGUCCAACACAAUGGCAUUCCUUUAUUGGGCACAUCAGCUGCCAAGGUCCUGAACACAGUGGAUUCUCAGACUAUGGCGCUCACCCUGGGCUACUUUGUCCAGGUGCAAGCAGAACCUGUCGUCAAGAACCCUCCUAAUAACCUUUGGAUAAUCGCUGCUGUUUUGGCCCCGAUCUCCGUAGUAACACUCAUUAUUAUCAUCAUCACAGCUGUGCUGUGCAGGAAGAAUAAGAAUGACUUCAAAGCUGAUGCCAUCGGUAACCUUAACCCUCGAGCUAAGAUGGCGUACCGGAGAGAUGUGGGCUAUUAUCACCAGCCAGUCCAAGGUUUUGACUAUGCCAAACAGCACCUUGGCCAACAAGGAGGAGAUGAGGAAACACUGCCUGUCAGUCAGGAUACCUUAGUGAUGUCUCUACAAAUACGGGACACACCACUUUCACUAGAAAAGGCUCUGCAACAAGAUGGAACUGCCAACAAGAAAAGUCUCACCACUGACAAACACAAAAGCAAGUUGCCAAGUGAGGAUGGUUCCGUCAUCAGCAACGAAUCAGAGAAGCCCAAUUCCGGCAGGGGCCUGACGGUGUCGAAAAUCACAGCACAGCAGAAACUGACAAAGGAGGAGACUCGCAAGAGGGACGAUCCAUAUGACACCUCCUCUGGCUCCCUGCAGCUUAUCUCCAUAAAGCCAGUGGCAGCUCAGACCAACUACUCACAUCCAGCAUCCUCUGACCGCAGCCAGGACUCAGCUAUUGUCAAUGGAGAGGUGAACUUGGCACUGAAGCAGAAGUCGGACAUUGAACACUACAGGAACAAGCUGAGGCUGAAGGCUAAAAGGAAGGGCUAUUAUGACUUCCCGUCCGCCAACGGCAGCAGCAGUGGCCGGGCUGUGGCACAGAGACAGCAACACGGUCAUGAGAGGACUGCCGAUGAGCAUGGAAGACCGCUGGAGCCUGAUGAUGAGCGAGGUUCUACUUAUGUCAAGUCUCACAGAAGGCACUCGCAGGUAGGGCAGGCGGCCUAUCGAAGCAGACAAAGCUUAAGCAGUCCGAGCCCCGGAGGAACAGAGAUGGACCUGCUUGUAAUGAGAGAGAGACCCAGGAGAGGCAUCCGCAACAGUGGCUACGAUCGAUCCUCUGAUGGGGAAUUAAAAUCCACAGGCUUCAUUACUGAGCCAGAGUUGAUUGAGGAGACAAAUGUUGAUCGUCUAAUGGGACCGCGGGGAUACAUGUAUGGACGGGGCUUGAAAGGCCACUCAGAGACAUCCACUCUCAGCUCACAACCGUCGAUUGAUGAAGUGCGACAGCAGAUGCACCUGCUGCUCGAGGAGGCUUUCAGUCUGGCUUCAGGGGGGCAGUCCACAUCCGGAAGGCACUCCCACCACCACCAACCAAACCACUACAACCCUGCGCCGCCUCCCCUCCCUUAUGCAGAUGUGGUGACCAGUGCACCGGGUACAAUGAGCUCUGGACAGGGAGGCCUCCAGUGGGUGCCAUCUUAUGGUACAGAUAUGUAUCAGUGUAGCCUGCCGAAACCAGCCUUUCGCUUCACCCAGCUUCCUGAGGCCAUGGGUUCUCCUCCCCCUUUACCACCUCGCACUGGGCCCCCUCCUGGGACUUCUCUAAGACGUUCCACUUCUGAUUUGGGGCCUAAGGGAAGGAGCUUAGAGACAUCUGUCACUGAAAUGCAAAGUCAACAUGACAACAACCCAUAUGGGCCAACCACUAGAGCAGCACUUCCAUCUAUCACUACAGAGCAGCCUGUGUCCAACUACUCAGGAAACCCAAUCACGGCUGUCUAUGCCAUCCCAGCCACGAGGCCCGGUUACUCAGAAUACUUUGUGUCCACACCGCCCACCUCCUACCACAGUCCCUCUUGGAUGUCUUAUCCACCUGAACCGGAGGAUGUGCCGCCACAGUGGGCAGAUUCUGUGCCCCUGCCUGGGUACGUAGAGGCUUUUCCUCAUCCUCGCUACCCACAGGGGAGCCCCACCAGGCUGCCUCUGCAGUAUAACCAGACACUGGAGCAGCCACCACCUGCCCCAAGCACAUCAUCCCAGCAAAGUCUACCCCAGGUGCUGAAGGACAUGGACAGUAUGCCCCUGAGCAGCCUCUCCACCUCUGCACUUGUGCAAGCUAUCCGACAGGAGGUGGCAAAGCUAGCGAAGAAGCAGAAUGACAUGUUUGAGUUCUAGGUUUGAUUCUGCUCCUAUGUGGUGGCAUUCCUAUGGACAGAUUUUUGAUGUUUGUACUCUAUAACAGACUGAUGUUCUUUAUCCACUGAUGAUCCACUUAUUGAUUUCUUUUCAUACACCAUUGAUGUUUUUUUAGCUCCUGACUUUAGGGAAAUGAACAAAAGAUUAUUGCCAUCCUCUGUUGAUGAUGUCCAAAGUAAGUACACACAUCUCUCUGUAGAUAUGUCAAUAGGAUACGCUAAAUAUGGAAAAUAUCUUUUUUUUUUCCAUGAUCACAAUUUUUUGGGUAAUCAGAGUUAAUUGAGAAGCGACAACCCCGUAGCGUUAUUGUCUGUACUGAGAGGACCAAAUUCUUCCUGUCAGAUGGGUAAGUAUAAACCACAGUGUAUAUGAGCAUGUACAGUAUAAGGACAUUGUGUAUCUAAUCUCCUUUUAUAGAACGUUAGCUUGAACAAGAUGGGCUCGAUCAAUAUCUGCUAAUUUCCGAAUCCAUAUAAUAUCAAACCAGUGCAUCGCUUUUUAAUGUUUAUUUGCAGAUCACAUAA